UCGCUGCUCUCAGUCUCUCCGUUUUUCUUCCUGCCUGGAUGUUUAGAGAGACUCCCUAAGCCGUACGCCCGGCAGCCCACUGAAUUGUGAAUCCAAACAGCCGGAGCAGCAGCAGAUAGACAGUGACUGAGAAGAGGGAGGGAGGGAGGUAGUGAGAGAUAAAGAGCGAGAGAGCAGGGAGAGGGAGAGAGAGAGAGAGAUGAAAAGCAUGCUAAGCGAGAGAGAGGCGCUCACACUGAAGGAGGCAGAGGCAACAGCUACAGCAACAGCACGCUCCUUCCCCAUCCUCCCUCUCCUCUCUCAUAAUCCCACAUCCACGCCAGGGGAGAUGGAGGGCGCCCUGACCCGCUGAGGAGCACUGUUUGAAGGAGAGGAAAAUCUCACAUGAGCCCCCCCUCCUGUGAGUGCCAGGAUCAUAUUUUUGGGACAAUAACCAACAAGGAGUGAAAGGAGUUGUGUACACAAACGAGCCUGCCGGCGGGAGGGAGGGAGGGGGAUGAGUGGCAGGUUUGGUACAGCUGCUGAUGCCAGGGUCUGAGAGUGAGACGGAGACGGACUGAGGAGCGGAGGGGCUGGCACGUGUGGAGCAGUGUCGGCAACUUGUGGGCCAGGAGGAGAGGAAAAUAGAUUCGCAUACGCACACAGCUGGACAGAUGAGGAGGCAUCAGGGACCACGCUUCAGUCCUGGGUGUAUGGUGCACUGACCCUGCCUGCGACAGGCGAGGAGUCAGAGGACCAGGGCCAUGAAUGGCUCUCCUGGCCCUGGUGGGCGUGCCUUAGUGCCAUGGCCGAGGAUGUGGCGAUGGGUCCUGGCUUCUUCUUUGGUUGCCGUAAUAACCUUGACGCUGCCAGGAAGUAGCCAGGCCUGUCCGCCACGGUGCGAGUGCUCGGCUCAGCUGAGGUCAGUGUCGUGCCAGCGGCGGCGGCUCACCAACAUCCCAGAGGGGAUCCCCACCGAGACACAACUUCUGGACCUCAGCAAGAACCGGCUCCGCUGGGUGCAAGCAGGUGACCUGGCGCCGUACCCGCGGCUGGAGGAAGUGGACCUCAGUGAGAACCUUAUCGCCACAUUAGAGCCCAAUGCCUUCGCCACCCUGCAGAGUCUUAAAGUGCUGAAGUUAAGAGGAAACCAGCUAAAGUUAGUGCCCAUGGGGGCUUUCGCUAAGCUGGGCAAUCUGACCAGUUUAGACCUGAGCGAGAACAAGAUGGUGAUUUUAUUGGACUACACCUUCCAGGAUCUGAGGAGUCUGAAACAUUUGGAGGUGGGAGACAACGACCUGGUUUAUAUCUCCCACAAGGCGUUCUCAGGGCUGCUGGGGCUGGAAGAUCUCACAAUAGAGCGCUGCAACCUGACAUCCAUCUCUGGCCAGACGUUGUCUUACCUGCGCAGCCUGGUCACCCUUCGCCUCCGUCACCUCAGCAUCAUUGCCCUGGAGGACCAGAACUUCCGCAAGCUCUCCAACCUGCGGGGUCUGGACAUCAAUCACUGGCCGUACCUGGAGUACAUCUCCCCUCUUAGUUUCCAGGGCCUGGACCUCCACUGGCUCUCCAUCACCAACACCAACAUCACCUCUGUCCCCUCCGCCUCCUUCAAGAACAUGGUGCACCUCACCCACCUCAACUUGUCCUACAAUCCCAUCUCCUCGCUAGAGCCCUGGGCCUUCAGGGACCUGCUGAGGCUGAAGGAGCUCAUCAUGGUAAGCACAGGGUUGAUGACGGUGGAGCUCCAUGCCCUCGGAGGCCUUCGACAGAUCCGGGUCCUCAACUUCUCCUCCAACGACCUGCAGACUCUUGAAGAGGGCUCCUUCCACUCUGUCAACAGCCUGGAGACCCUCAGAGUGGAUGGGAACCCCCUGCUAUGUGACUGCCGUCUGUUGUGGAUCCUGCAGAGACGCAAGACCCUCAACUUUGACGGCAGAGUGCCGGUGUGUGCGGGGCCGGUGGAGGUGCAAGGCGUCAGCCUCAGCUCCUUCACCGACUCUGCACUCUUCGAUCACUUUACAUGCCAGAAACCUAAGAUACGCAACCGUAAGCUGCAGCAGGUGGUCGCUCGCGAGGGCCAGCCCGUGAGUUUUCUGUGUCGAGCUGAAGGAGAACCUCCGCCUGCUAUUGUCUGGAUUUCCCCACAGCGCAGACGGAUCACAGCUAAGAGCUCAGGGCGCAUUACUGUUCUCCCCAGUGGCACCCUGGAGAUCCGCUACGCCCAGCUUACUGACAGCGGAACAUACAUCUGCAUCGCCAGUAACGCCGGAGGCAAUGACACCUACUUUGCCACACUCACAGUGCGUGGCCAGCCGCUAGACGCCGCCUCAGCCUUCUUUCUCAACCGCUCGCUGUACAGCGGCGAGUUCUUCAACGACACAAAUCUUAACAGCACGCGCGUUUUCCUCAAGUUCACCUUGGACCUGACCACCAUCUUGGUCUCCACGGCAAUGGGUUGCAUCACCUUCCUGGGGGUAGUCCUCUUCUGUUUUCUGCUGUUGUUCGUGUGGAGCCGGGGACGCGGCCAGCGCAAGAACAACUUCACAGUGGAGUACUCCUUCCGGAAAUCUGAACCCGUCACCGGCAGCUCCUCAGGAGGGACCAGGAAGUUCAAUAUGAAGAUGAUAUGAAACAACGCAGCCAGGGGUCCCUCGGGGGAGGCAUGAGCACGUCCCAAAAACGUGUUUGACACACGCAAACGCACACAGCCACUGACUCACAAAGAAGUGUGAAAGCACAAUAUAAGUUCCUGUCUAUUGGCUCUAUUAAAAAUUGAGCGCCCACAUCAAAAGCGGAGCCACGACACGAUUUGGUUUGAUUUGUGAAUGAAAUCAAAAUGACCCUGAUCUCUCUGCCUCUCAGCAAUUUAAUUCAGCUUUUGGUGAAAAACAUGUUUAAAUGAUACUGUAAAGAACUACAGUAUUGAUAGAUUUGAAAGAGCUACUUUUCGCCCAUGUUUGAUAAGAAUAAUAGAGUUAAGAAUAUAGCAGAUAAGUUUUUGAAAUUGGCAUGAUUACUGAGCUGCGGGAUACCGGUAGCCCUGUUUCUCUGUUACAUUAAUGAGAUCAUGAAAAAGAUGUGCUCUUUCAUUUAAAUUCCCCUUUACUGUAUUCUGUGCAGUCAGGGAUUUUUAAAAGAAAUGUGAUGCAGGGAGACCUGGCUACCAUCCAUUUAAAGCAUUUGUAGCUACGCUCCUCUAAAGUCUGCCUUGUUAAGAUUCAUGCAUGUAGAAAUGCAGUUAAGUUGUAAGUUCACACCACCGAAUAAAACAAAUUGUUUUAAAAGACAGUUUGAAUAUGUUUUUCUAUAGAACAGCCUCCUUUAUCUAUUCUGACCACGGCUGAACAGUGAGGAGGGUUCUUCAUUAUCGCCUUAUGUCAAACUUAAUGGCUGUAAAAUCUGAUCUGAUCACAAUAUCUGAUAAGAUUUGGAUCAUUCACAUAAAAGACAAAUAGACAAAAGAUUUCUUCUUUGUGAGAUUUUUGCGACAACUUUAGCUGUGUGAGUUUGGGACGAGCGCACUGGCCGAGAGCUGCCGUGGCUGCCCGUGGCCCGGAGGGUUUGGUAAGGAAGUCAAGCCCACCAGACACGGGCAGCCACAGUAACCAUAGCAACCAACACAAUAGAGAGCAAUGGGGACCGGGCUGGCGGCCGCAGGAGGGUCGCUGGGUAGAAGGG